AUGACCACUACUGAUGAAUUGCGUUUCGACGGCCGUGUCGCCAUCGUGACGGGAGCGGGUCGUGGAAUGGGCUAUCACCACGCCCACUUACUGGCCCAACGAGGCGCAAGUGUGGUCCUCGUCGACCUGAAUGAAAAAACUGCUACCGAAGCAGAAGCAAAGAUGACCGCGCAGGGACUCAAAGUGAAAGCCUGCGUUGGUGACGUUCGCAAACCCGAAAGUAUCGAAAACAUCGUCAAGACGGCCAUCGACAGUUUUGGUCGUAUCGAUAUACUGGUCAAUAACGCCGGCACCGGUGGCUGGAAAGCCUUUACAGACUGGACCAGGGAGGAAAUCUACGACCAGAUGGAAGUCCACUGCAUCGGCCCUUGUCUCCUCUCCCAGGCAUGCUGGCCGUAUAUGGCAAAACAGAAAUAUGGACGGAUCGUCGUCGUUCUCUCGAGUUCCAUGUUUGGAAUGUAUGGCCAUAUUCCAUAUACCGCCGCAAAGGCUGGUGCGCUUGGCUUAGCCAUCAACAUGGCUUACGAAGGACAGCAGCACGGAAUUAAAGUGAAUGGACUGGACCAAGCCGCUGGUACGGAGCUGCUGAAGGAGGCUAUGGGGAACGGCCCCGUCAAAGAUUGGAUUCUCGAGAAUCUACGGCCAGAGGAUCCCGCCGCGACAUGUGCCUACUUGUGUCACGAGAGUUGCCCAGUCUCGGGUGAUUACAUCACCGCUGCCGGGAAGGGAUUUUCGAGAUAUUUCUUUGGCGGCAUUGUUGGCCACAGCUCCGAUGUUCCCUUGACACCAGAAUUGGUCCGUGACAGUUUCUACAAACUGUCGGACCUAUCCGACUACAUUGUGAUGAAGAGCGGCUCCCAAGCCUCUGAUUUCAUCGCCAAACGUCAUGGGCUUGACAGCUUAGCAGGGCUAGAUGUAAUUCCAGAGAGCAAAAAGUAA